AUGGGUAUCUUUCCUGGAAUAAUCCUUAUUUUUCUAAGGGUGAAGUUUGCAACGGCGGCCGUGAUUGUAAGCGGACACCAGAAAAGUACCACUGUAAGCCAUGAGAUGUCUGGUCUGAACUGGAAACCCUUUGUAUAUGGCGGCCUUGCCUCUAUCGUUGCUGAGUUUGGUAAGAAUGUGAACAUUGACGACUCUGCUCCAUAUGGUAUUAAAUACUUGCUUCCAGUCUUGGCCCUGACCUCGUCCACGACCCCUACUACCACCUCUCCUACUACCCUCAGCACCUCUUCCUCCUUUCUGUUGCUGCCUAUAUACCUCUUUGGAAUUGCUCCUGCUUUGCUAAGACAGGCAUCAUAUGGUACCAUUAAAAUUGGCAUUUACCAAAGCUUGAAACGAUUAUUUGUAGAACGCUUGGAAGAUGAAACUCUUCUAAUUAAUAUGAUCUGUGGGGUAGUGUCAGGAGUGAUAUCUUCCACUAUAGCUAACCCCACCGAUGUACUAAAGAUUCGAAUGCAGGCUCAAGGAAGCUUGUUCCAAGGGAGCAUGAUUGGCAGCUUUAUCGAUAUAUACCAACAAGAAGGCACCAGGGGUCUGUGGAGGGGUGUGGUUCCAACUGCCCAGCGUGCUGCCAUCGUUGUGGGAGUAGAACUGCCAGUCUAUGAUAUUACCAAAAAGCACUUAAUAUUGUCAGGGAUGUUGGGAGACACAAUUUUAACCCAUUUUGUUUCCAGCUUUACAUGUGGUUUGGCCGGGGCUCUGGCCUCCAAUCCGGUUGAUGUGGUGAGGACUCGCAUGAUGAACCAGCGGGCAAUCGUGGGACAUGUGGACCUCUAUAAGGGCACUUUGGAUGGAAUUUUAAAGAUGUGGAAGCAUGAAGGCUUUUUUGCGCUCUAUAAAGGAUUUUGGCCAAACUGGCUUCGACUUGGACCUUGGAACAUCAUUUUUUUUAUUACAUAUGAGCAACUCAAGAGGCUUCAGAUCUAA